UUCCUCCUUCAGUGAGAGCAAUAUUUUUGUAAGCAUCAGCAAGAGACUCCCAAGCGGUUUCAGGCUGCUCUUCCGACGCUCUGUGCUGUUUAUUUCUCUUGGGGUCUUUUUGAAGUGUUCCCGUCAUGCCUACUACGGCCAUACCAUUUUAUCAGCAGAAGCAAAAACAUGUCCACCAUCACAGCACUAAGAAAGUGGUCCAGCACCACUCAUCAAGGAAAUCAAGCUCUAAAUCUGUGAGAAAGGAGCAGGCUGAAGCCAGCACGGCUAUGGCGGAACCAGCCUAUACAGUUCCAGCAUUCAAAGAGAGGAAUGCUGAUGAUGUCCCAGAGUAUCAGCGUGUCGCGGCCCACUGUGGCAAGGGAUUGGCUGAGCUGCAGAAGGAGCUGACCAGGAUUAAAGUGGCCACUCAUACCCAAGUGACAAGUCUUGCUAUUACAAGAGAGGUGCAAGAGAUGAUGUCCAUCAAGAAAAAGAUCGCUGUUUCAGCCGAUAAGGCCCCAGAGUUCCUGGUCGAGCUGAGGGCCCACACUCUGUGGGAGAAGAUGCCUGCGAAGCUCUUCUGCACUGUGGGAGGCAAUCCAGCUCCUAUUGUCAAAUGGUAUAAGGGGGACAAGCCUGUUGACCCACUCAGUGCACCAGGAAAGUACAAGAUGGAGAGCAAAUAUGGAGUCCACAGCUUGAUCAUUAGCAGAUGCACCGUGUCUGACACUGCUCAGUACAGUGCCGUGGCAACCAACACCCACGGCAAGGCCACCACCAAGGCCACCGUCACCGUGAAGAGACCGGCAGGAGUUGGAGACCUUCCCCUUCUGCCCGGCUCAGUGCCUAUUACUCCAACUCAUCCUAGCAAGCUGGACGUUACUUUGUUGGAGGCCUUUGGCGUGACCUUUGGCACUGAAGGCGGAUCAUGCAAACUGGUUGCCAACCUGGUUGUUGUCCCCGACCUGCCCAAUCUUCCUCCUGAUGUCAUGUGGUUCAGAGACGCGACUCUGCUGGCACCCUCUAAGUGGGCGGAGAUGUCUGUGGGUGGAGGGGCUGCCACGCUCACCUUCCCCCACCUCAACAAGGACGACGAGGGGCUGUACACCGUGCGCAUUUGGUGUAAGGAUGGGACCGUUGAACACAGUGCCUACCUCUUUGUGAAAGAUGCUGCUCCAUCUGUUGCCGGGGCGCCCGGUGCUCCCAUGGACGUGAAAGCCUCCGAUGCCAACAAGGAUUACGUCAUGGUGACCUGGAAACCCCCUAACAUCACCACCGAGGGUGCCAUCAAAGGAUACUUUGUGGACAGACGUAAAGUUGGCUCCACAGACUGGGUCCAAUGCAACGACUCUCCCGUCAACAUUUGCAAAUACCCCGUUAGUGGUCUGUCCGUAGGACACUCCUACCACUUCCGUGUCCGGGCCGUGAACAGCGUCGGAAUCAGCAUUCCCUCCAGGAGGUCCGAUGGAGUCUCUGCUCUUCACUCCGCUGCGGGCGAGGUUGAAGUGAUUAAAAUCGAUGGGAAAUAUGACAUUGUUAUUUACCAAGAGGACCUUGAAGGUUAUGUCACCCUGCCAGGCCCGCCCACUGAAGUGCAUGCUUCAGAGAUAAACAGAACCUUUAUAGUCCUCAGCUGGACUCCGCCCAACCCUUGUGGACGGGCGCCGCUGUGGUACCUCAUCGAGAAGUCUGUGGGGGACAGCCAGCUGUGGCAGAGACUGAACACAGCUGUGCAGUUGUGCUCCCCUCGCUACCCCAUUUUUGAUCUCGAGGACGGGAAAGCGUACCGCUUCCGCGUGACCGCAGUCAACCGAUACGGGCCCAGCGAGGCCUCUGAGCCGUCCCAUCUCAUCCAAAAGAGUGACCCCCAUGGGAGUGAGAAUGCUGUGGGUGUCCCCUCUGCACCUGGGAAGGUUGUGGCCACCAGGAACAGCAAAAGCUCUGUCUUCGUGCAGUGGGACGCCCCCAAGCACCCCAACAACCUCGUGGGGUACUACAUCGAUGCCUGCAUGCAGGGCGCCAAGGCGUGGGUGCCCUGCAACCACAGGCCAUACAAAAACACCAGGUUUGUGGUCCACGGUCUGGUGCAAGGAGAAACCUACGCCUUCAGAGUCCAGGCCGUCAACGCUUAUGGUCUGGGUGAGGAGUCCCAGGAGUCGGACCCUCUCUUUGUGGACGCGGCCCUCAAGGGUGUAUGGUAUGCUGCCCCCUCGGCCCCCCACGGCAUCACCAUGCUCAGCUGUGAGGGCUCCUCCAUGACCCUGGCCUGGAAGCGCCCCAAGAACGCCGGAGGCACCAAGAUCUCAGCCUACUACGUGGACCAGCGUGAGGCCUCCACACUCAGGUGGAGAGAGAUCAACACAGCCGCUUUAAAGGAAAGAGUCUACAAGGUCGAGAACCUCACUGCUGGAGUGGCCUAUGAGUUUAAGAUCCAGGCUGGAAACCUGGCAGGUGUGGGGGUUCCAUCUGAGCCCAGCAAACCUUUCCUCUGUGAGGCCUGGACCAUGGCUGAACCAGGCCCAGCCUAUGACAUCAAGUUCUCUGAGGUGCGUGACCACUCCAUGAUCGUCCAGUGGAAAGCCCCGGUGUUUGCUGGCCAGGGUCCCGUCACCGGCUACCUCCUGGAGAAGGCCAAGAAGGGCUCCAAAGAUUUUGUCGCCGUGACUGAAGGAGCAAUCAACCACCGCUUCUUUAAGGUGAAGGGUCUGGAAGCUGGAGCAGCGUAUGUGUUUAGAGUGCGUGCUGUUAAUGAGCAUGGCACCGGCAAGGCCUCUGCAGUCUCUGAUUCAGUGGUGGCCAAAGCCUUGGCAGGUACAAAGGAGAUCGUCUGUGGAGUUGAUGAGGAAAGUGGAGACAUCUUUUUGUCUUUUGACGCAUGUGAGAUCGCCGAGAGUUCCAAGUUUGUGUGGUCAAAGUCCUACAAAGAAAUCGCUGAUUCUGGAAGAGUCACCGUUUCAUCUAAAGGAAAACACUCCAAGUUGACCUUCACUCACCCCGAGGCAGCCGAUCUGGGGAUCUACUCCGUGGCUGUGACUGACACCGACGGGGUCUCUGCUAGUCAUAAGAUCACUGAGGAAGAUUUGAAGAAAAUGCUUGAACUCAGCUACAAUAUCAGACACCCAAUUGUCCCUCUGAAGAUAACACUUAGCUAUGAGGUCCUUGAGAAGGGCCAUGUGCGCUUCUGGCUGCAGUGCUUGAAGAUGUCCCCAGCCGUGUCCUAUCGAUUCAUCUUCAACAAUAAGGAGGUCGUCAACGGUGAGGGCAUCAAGAUCAGCCAUGAUGUUGCAACUGGUGUCAUCCAGAUGAUGGUGGAGCAUUUCACCAGAGACAACGAGGGGUCAUACACCGUUCAGAUCACCGAUGGAAAAGCCAAGAACCAAAGCUCCCUGGUCCUGGUGGGCGAUGUCUUCAAAGCUGCACUGAAAGAGGCUGAUUUCCAAAGGAAGGAGUUCGUCAGGAAACAAGGUCCUCAUUUCUCAGAGUACAUUUCCUUCUAUGUGGAAGAUGACUGCACCGUCAUGCUGACCUGCAAGCUUGCUAAUGUGAAGAAGGAGACCACCUUCCACUGGUUCAAGGAGGAUGAGGAGAUUGUCCUUGAUGCCGCACCAAAUGUGAUGUCUGGAAGUUGCACACUCCCUAUUCCAAUGUUCUCCAGAAAAGACCAUGGUGUUUACAAAGCCACUCUUAGUGAUGACAGAGGAAAGGACACAUCUGUGUUCGACAUUUCUGGCACAGUGUUUGAUGACAUCAUCAAUGCUAUUGCUCACAUUGCCGGCUCCUCGGCGUCUGAGCUCGUGCUCCAGUGCACUCCUGAAGGCAUCCGUCUGCAGUGCUACAUGAAGUACUUCACGGAGGAGAUGAAGAGCCACUGGUUCCACAAGGACGCCAAGAUCGCGUCAUCUGAGAAGAUGAGAAUUGGAGGCACGGCUGAAAUGGCCUGGAUGCAGAUCUGUGAGCCAACUGACAAGGAGAAGGGCCACUACACCAUUGAGAUCCAGGAUGCCACAAUGUCCCACAAUCGCACUUUUGACCUUUCCGGACAAGCAUAUGCUGAUGCAUACGCAGAGUUCCAGAGGCUGAAAGCUGCUGCCUUCGCUGAGAAAAACCGCGGUAGAGUGGUCGGUGGUCUGCCAGAUGUUGUCACCAUCAUGGAGAAGAAGUCCCUGAGCCUGACCUGCACAGUGUGGGGUGAACCCACCCCGGAGGUCACCUGGUUCAAGAACGAGCAAGAGGUGGUAUCUGAUCCACACAACAAGAUUGCUUUCGAGGGCGGCAAGUAUGCCAGUCUCAACAUCAACACCGUUACCGUUGAUGACUCUGGCAAGUACAGCAUUAAUGUACGGAACAAGUACGGCGGUGAGUUUGUGGAGAUCACCGUGAGUGUGUACAAGCAGGGAGAUGACGUCCCUGAACCCAAGCUGGGACAGAUGUCUAAACCCGGCGUCCCUCCCAAGUCUCCUGCCCCCGCGGCUCGCGUCAAGUCCCCAACUCCAACACCUCCUCCAUCUGUGAAGUCCCCAACCCCAGCCCCUCCCCCCGCCCGCGUCAAGUCCCCCACCCCAACCCCACCUCCAUCUGUGAAGUCUCCUUCACCUGCUCCUCCCCCCGCCCGCGUCAAGUCUCCUUCCCCAGCUCCACCCCCAGCUCGCGUCAAGUCCCCCACCCCAACCCCACCUCCAUCUGUGAAGUCCCCAACCCCAGUCCCACCACCAAAGUCCCCAACCCCACCCAGGAGUGCCAAGUCCCCCACCCCUCCCAGAUUUAUGAAGUCCCCCUCUCCUGCUAGAAAGUAAACAAAUGGUUUCCAUGGUUUUUGAAAGCCUGUGAAUGAUGGAGGUAUUGAUCUGGCUCAUUUGUAGCAUGAGCAGAAAACAAAAAAAAAAACGAAGGUUGAUAUCCAUCUUAGUACACCACUUACUAGUUUGCUAAGGUGGCCAUAGAAUGAUGUGUUCUUUAACGUAAAGAGCAGUGUUGGUCUGUUAGAGUGUUCAAUGACGGUCAGAGAAGUGUGGAGAGAGAGAGAGAGAGGGAAACUAACAAACACAAACAGUGCCUGCUUUGGACUCUACCCUACCCAGUCACCAGCACUUUGGUGAAAUCUGGCAAGCGUAAAGACUGAAGUCUGCUUUUGUUGUCAUAUGUUGUACUGUGCAAUGAAGAAGAUGGUUAUUGGGUCAAUUCAGUGUGGUUGCCCUUCAGAAAAAUAAAUAAUAUGAGCACUACUUGUGGAUUUAUUGGUCUCCAGCUGUGGUGAGCACCACUUAUAUAUAACAUGUAUCUUCCUGUGUCUUUGCUUUUCUUGUGUGCCCUACUCAAGGCUUUCUGUUUGCAAUAAACAUCAGUAAUCACCUUC